AGUAGACAAGUUGGUUUUGCAAGAGUAUACCGUUUGUCCUCGGCGCACGGAUGGUAUGCUUGGGGCUGUAGUGAUGUCUUCUUGUUCUUGUGACGCCUCCUUGUCCACCACUAUAAGGAUUUGGCAGCUGGAGGGAUAGUUUGGGGGUGGUUUAUGAAGAGAAGUGAUGGGGAAGGGUGAAGCGAUCGGUGGGGUGUGAGAUGAGAUGGUGUGACACGUCUGCAGUUAGUUGUGGUGGUGUUACUGUCGUGUGUCUGGGUGAAGCUGGUUGACUGCCUGGUUGACUGAUUGACUGGUUGACUGGCUGACUGACUGGUUGAUUGGUUGACUGACUGGUUGAAUGGCUGGUUGAUUGGUUGCCUGACUGACUGACUUGCUGGUUGACUGACUGAGAGCUUGCUGGGUUCUUACUUGCUGACUGACUUAUCUGUUAGCUUGAUGGGUUUCUCUGGGUGAGCUGACUGACUUAGGUACUGACUGACUGAUUUACUGACUGUCUUAGCUGACUGACUGACAGCUUGAUGCGAUUCUCUUGGUGAGCUGACUGACUGACUGGUUGACUGACCGAAUGACUGACUGGGUGGUUGACUAACGGAUUGGCUGACUGUUAGAUUGACGGGUUGGUUGACAGGACGACAGUUUGAGAGCGGCGUAACAAUGAUAGCACAGUCGUCGCUUCGUUCACUCAGUAGGAGGAUAAAGAGUUAGGGAAGCGAUGUAGCGGGUGACGUGUUGGGCAGAGUUCUCCCUCAGGGCCUGUUGCUGCUCCCUCGUCUCGCCGUGUUCUCCGUCAAGCCUCGUCAGCAGUGAAUAGCGGAGGUGAAUAUGGGCGGCGGCGGCGGCGGCGUGGAGCUGCUGACACGGUGGGCGGCGCGCAGGUACGGGCGGCUGGUGCUGGCGGGCGGCCUGUCCACCUUCCUGAUGCUGAACCUGACGCUGCACGCCGGCGCCGGCCUGCACUACUACUGCAGCACCGAGUGCCUGGAGGGCGUGCUGGCGGCGCCGCUCACCUCGCUGGACCGGGACGUCAUCCUGCACAUCAAGGAGCGCUGGCUGGACCCUCCGGCCCCGCGCGGCGCCUACAAGCCGUCCUUCCCUCUGGAUCAGCCGCCCUGGGCCUCCCUGGGCAGCUGGGGCGAGGCCUACAAGUUCAUCAACGACUACUUCAAGCAGUACAAGAGACCCGGCAACUUCGUGGAGAUCGGGGCGCAGGACGGGGAGUUCAUGUCGCUCACGCUGUACCUCGAGCAGGUGAUGGGCUUCCGCGGGCUGCUGGUGGAGCCGAACCCGAGGGACUACGCCGCGCUCCGGGCCAAGCAACGCGCCUCCACCUCCAUCAACGCGUGCGCCACCCCGAAGAUAAGCCACCGCAAGGACACGCUAUGGCUGAGACACGUCCCCGACAACCUGCCUCCUCUCUUAAGCCGCAUGCAGGCCGGCAGCAACAGGCUUCUGCAAUACGUGGCCAAAGAGGACCGAGACUUGGGGCAGACGGUGGAGGUGCAGUGCUUCAACGCCGGGGCCCUGGCGGUGGCGGCGCUGCGCUCGGUGUUGGUGGAUCUCCUUGUCAUCUCCACGCACGGCGGCGAGAUGGACAUCCUCAAGUAUAUCCCCCUCUCCGUGAAAUUAAGGAUGGUCGUGGUGGUGGUUCCGCUAGCCACGACCGAGGAGCGGGAGGCCUUUAACGAGCUGGCGUCGCAUCGAGGGUUGGUCCAAGCCUUCGACAAGUACAACAUCCACAUCUUGGUGCCGAAGGAGGAGGUGAAGAUCGUGUGAGUCGGCGAGAGAGAGGGAGAG